CAGAACUUUCUUUUGUUUCUCAUUAGGGGGGCUGCCAUCGGAUAAGGGUGGGGGACGGUCUUGGGAGGGAAGAGACUCAGUGCUUCUCCGUCCUUGGGCUCUGGGAUUCCAGAGACAGUGAGCCUUGUCCAUGCCUGGGUUGGGGUGGGAUAGGCAGGGCAAUAGAACUGUUAAGUAUGGGAGGAACCAGAUCAGAGCUUCCAGCCAAGCUUUGAAAGCAGCUGGUCUGGGUUGGUUGGCGCUUUGACAUACAAAGCCUUGUGACCCUGGGUGAAUCACUCACCCACUCUGUGCCAGACAGUGUUUCCUCGUUUAUAAAACGAGGAGAGCAUCUCAUCUUUCUCACUGUGUUAGCAAGCAGGUUGCCUGAGGGCAGGAGCCCAAAGCGACCCAACUACAGUGCACGCCUGAUUUCCUAUUUGGUUCUCAUUUCCUAAUUCUGGUCCUUUUGAAAUUGCUCCAUGGAGAUUUAGGGGUUUCAGAACUAUCUAAGGAAUGGGCACCGGCGUUUUCUGGGGGAAGGAGAAAUAAAAUCCAUCCCUCCCCCCCUCUCUCCGGCUUGCUGUCACGAGUCUUUUCUAACCCCAAAACCCACACCUGGGCCCUUUCCAGACACGCUGCCCCCACGAGCUCAGAGCAGCCUCCCUAUCCCCACUGGAGCCCCUGGUGGUUUUCAAGGUGGUGGGUAAACCCCAAUUCUGGUGUCUGCACCCCCAUCAAAGCGCCACCUAUCGUGCAGAUUCGGCUCCGCCCAGUUCUUGUUAUUCUGUGCACCAUGCAAGGCAUCGCGACCUCUUUCCUCGCCAAGAUGAUAUCGUCAGUGAGCCUUGCCAAUGCCGGCGGGGUGGCCUCUAGCAGUAUCCUGGCAGGACUGCCAUCAGUGGGGCUCCCCCUGCCAUCCAAUGCUGUCCUGGCCUCAACUGUAUCUACUCUGGGAUCCUUGCUGGGGACACUGGAAGUCUUCUCCCCACUGAGACUCCCUGCUGGGGCCCUGUCAGCUUCCCCACUCGGAGCCAAGGCUGCUGCCGUUGUGAUCGGAGGAGCCGUGGCUGUGGGGGCUGUGCCCGUGGUGCUGGGCGCUAUAGGCUUCACCGGGGCAGGAAUCACGGCUUCAUCCUUAGCGGCCAAGAUGAUGUCAGCCUCCGCCAUCGCCAAUGGGGGCGGAGUUGCCGCCGGCAGCCUGGUGGCCACUCUGCAGUCCGUGGGAGCGGCUGGACUCUCUCUGACGUCCAAACUCAUUGUGGGCUCGGCUGGGUCUGCCCUUAUGGGCUAUAUGGUAUAGAGCUGUCUGUCACUUCAGCCGCAGAGCAGAGGACCAGGCGAGGCCCUCCCACGAGCUUGAUGCAGUGGAGACCAGUCCUGGGGCGAUAAUGUGCCGAACACUGCACCCCCACACAAAGAUAAGGAAUAAAAAUGAGUUGUUGCAAC